AGCGAGCAGCCGAUAUCGCUCCAACGGGAAACAUCUCUACGUCAUGAAAACAACAUGACAGCCACGCUGUUGAGGCUGCAGGCGCUUCAGCUACGCUCGCGGCUUUGUGAGGCUGCUCCACGUUUCUUGGGACGACACCUCCACUCUCACGUGGUCUCUAAUAGCAAAGAGGCAACAGACGUUUCUGCAAUCUCUCCAUCAAAGAAGGCCAAGAGGGAAGCACAGCUGGCAGAGGAAAAACCCGUCCUCAGGUUUGCUAAGCUGUCUGAACAUGCUACUACACCUACCAGAGGCUCGGCUAAAGCUGCAGGAUAUGACCUCUACAGUGCAUAUGAUUACACCAUCGGUCCUAUGGACAAGGCCAUUGUGAAGACUGACAUUCAGAUUGCAGUUCCACAUGGCUGCUAUGGCAGAGUGGCUCCACGCUCUGGACUGGCAGCCAAACACUUCAUUGAUGUCGGUGCUGGAGUUGUCGACGAGGACUACAGAGGAAAUGUGGGUGUUGUGCUCUUCAACUUCAACAAGGAUGCAUUCGAAGUGAAAAAGGGGGACAGAAUUGCUCAGCUGGUGUGUGAGAAGAUCUGCUACCCGGAUCUGGUGGAGGAAAAGACUCUUGAUGAGACGGAGCGUGGUGCCGGAGGUUUCGGAUCAACAGGAAGCAACUGACAGCUAAAAAUGUAUGAAGACUCCAAAUGCAGUUUGUUACAGUAAUCUAAAUGGCGUGCAAAUAAAGAUCGUUUUUUUCAUA